AUGCCGACGCCAGUAGCAGACGGUAAGGACCCGUCAGCUAUUCUGUGGCCACCCCCACCGCCGCAUUACAAGCUCUUCCAGCCUGGUAAGGAGGACCAAUGGCCCAAGCCUCCCAGUCCUGAUGAUAUCAGCAAGCUUACCAAUGAUAAGGGAAUGUACAUGAUGUUGGGUAGAGUUAUGGAGAACUGUAGGAACCCCGCAGUGAAGAUUAUCAUGCCCGACAUAGACAGCGACCUACUACGGUACGAUCCUUCAUCGACGAGUCUCAAACGUGAGAUGGGAAAACUGGUUGAGGAGCUGCCUGAAGCCAUAGGGAACGUCGUCAAUGGCAUGUCUACUGACCCAGCUACUGCGAGGGAUGGUCUUCGACAGUUUGAAACGUUGGUGAAGAGCAUGUACCACGGCUUGGAGAUCCUACGGGAACACGAGGCCAAGAGGCUAGCGCUGCAGUUGGCUCGGGAGCAAGUGGAUGACCUUGUGUCAACGCUCGGAGAUAUGAGAGCUGCAACCGGAGCAGCGAAAGAGGUCUUGGGUCCCGAGGAGAAUGACCAUCAGCAGUCAGUGGCUGCCAUUGAUGAGAUAGUGUCCGUUAAGACAGAAGGCUUAAGUACUGUUGAAGACCGUGCCGGGCCCAGCUCGCAGAAUGGAUACGUUGCUCCAGCUUCGGCCCCUCAAGCUCUGAGUGCGAUGAGGCUCUUAGUGUUGCCACAGGGGGGAUCGUCGGAGGCCUCUGGUGUUGAUGGCCUCACACCUAAUGUGGUGUCACGGAGGUCGGCAGAUCAUCAUCAUCAGCUCGAUGAUCUGAGGAGGCGUAUGAGAUCGAUGAAGGAAAGGCUUCAUCGACUAUCUUCAGGUGGUAGCACACCAGGGAGUUCCCUUAGCCAAGACGGUAGCACUCGACUGGAUGAUCAUCGAGAAGAUGCUUGGAAAUCUCUCGCCCUUACGACGGCGUAUCCAAUGCCUGAUCAUUGCGGUUACAAGCUACCACCAACCUCCAACUGCGAGGGCAACCAUAGAGCACUUCAACGGUCACGAUACCAGACGAGCCAGGAUCGUUAUGAGAGCACUGCGGCUGUGUUGAAGAAGCAACUCCAGGAACACCGUCGAGACGAGCUCAUCGCUGAGCUGACAGCCAAAUACGCCUCGUCGCGUGCGCCGAGUGUUCAUGACUCUAUGGGGACUCCCCCACGGAAGUCGUUCCAAUUGAACAGUACGCCUGAGCGUCCAAAGCCACGGCCCAUGGAAGAGGAUACGAUAGCGGCAUUGGUGCGGUAUAAGGAAAAGUUCCACGACUACGUGAUGAGAACUCGAGAUGCUGAGCUUGAGCGGAGCGAUGUUACUUCGUGGUACCUCUGCGAUGUCCUCACUGAUCAACUCCUACGGGAAUGCAUUGACAGGGUGACGGACUCUAUCUGUGAUGAUGUUGAUAAUUAUGUCGAUCGACUGAUAGAGUUUGAAAUCAAUUGA